AUGGCGUCUUGUCCGGUGCCCGAAGUCCUGCAACUAGACGCACAGAAAAUGCACCAGAUCGAUCCUGCAAACGCAAUCAGUCUGAAAGCAAUGUGGACAAUGUUCAACAAGUGUUCCGAGACGAUCAAAGAAGGCCACCGAUAUGAGAACAUGAGCUGGCGGGUAUGGUCUCGCGAGUCCUUGUGUGUAACACCCGUCGAUUCACCGCCCGCAACCUCCCGGGCCCCCUCGCUCUCCAAUUCCUUCUCUUCGGACGACAGCCUGAACGACAAACCAGUAUCGACCCGAUCGAGAUCCUUUGGCCAAGAGGAAUGCGCCAGUUCGCUCUCCAAAUCACGCCACCUGACACCCGAUGCGCUCGAAAAGAUCAUGGUGACGAUAAAAGAGAAGACGGCCCUCGGCCCGUUGUCCCCCUCCAUACAAGCCAGUGUUCCCACGCUCCCCCCGCCCACGUCCGUGCCGCCAAACGUCGAACCAGAAGACGAGUCUGGGCCUCUGCACGAUUCGACCGAAUCGUGUUUGUCCGCGACAACAACUGCCACGAGGAGUACGAUGGCACGCCAGAGCGAACAUCGCGAUUCAGACACCUCGGUCUCCUCAGAUGGCCUGAUACGUUCUGGAUCCGUUGUCCAUGGCUUCUCUCCAGCUGCUUCGUCCUUCCAAAAGCGCAAGGCAAGCAUUGGAAUGCACCCGGUGCCUUCGUCCCAGCUGAAUAUUGCAGCCCCCCCUGCAGUCAAGGCCGGCAUCUUCACCCUCGGUGGCUCUUCCGAGGAUGACGAGUCGUCCUUCGAGCAAAGAGUGCUUUCCCACAAGGCGCCCCCGCCGAGGAGCUCACUCUCCCAAAGCCUAAGUAAAACAACCUUGCCAGUGUCCCAGUCGAAAUUGCAGCCCAAGCGAACGUCGUUUAAAGAUGUUGUUGCAGAACGAAGAAUCCAAGAAGAUGCCGAGAAUGAUGAGGGCGCCAUCGAGAGUAGCGACGAGGAAGACGACACCGACGAAGUCAUCGAGUCUGCCAUUGAUGAAGAUGAGGAAGAAGACGGUGACGAGUGGGAAGAUUCCAAUUCAGACGACGGCGCAAAUGGAAAGGUCCUGCAAGAACCUCAUCUUUUCCGCCGUGUCGAUAGCCGUCCCGACUUGGUGUCACGACGGUCGAUGCUGACAUUAGCGCUCAAUAAGUCCCAGACUGGACUCAACCACGCCUACUCACAACCCGCACUACACCGGACACGUGCCCCAUCGACACACGCAGAGACACUGGCCGGCUCUCCUGAUGAAGAUGACGGUAUGAUGAUGCAUAGUUCGGGCCGACGACCGAUACAGAUCCCGCCUCCUAACCCAACCGCAAAAUCCGUGGCACAUUCUCCUCGGACCACGAGGAGAAACAUGUUGUCGACGGAGCUGACGGAAUCUCUACGCAAAAAUCUACUCUGGGAAAGACAGCAAAAGUCCCAGACCGCCAAUGCUUUCCUCAAGCGACGAACCGCUCAGAGCAUGGCAAAUCUUCAAUCUCACACCAUGCCACCACAAACAGGGCCACCCAGAGCACCUCCAGCAGGCGCCCUACAGGAGACUUCCAAGAACAAUUCUUGGAAUCACUACUUUGACAACCCUUGGGAGUACCAUGCCAAAGGUUGGUAG